CCCCAGUGGCAGCUGUCGGACUCCAUGGCAAUACAUUCACUCUCACGUCACUCCUUAGGAGGUUACACUCACAGCCUUUCCCCUCUAUCCUGCCCAUACUCAUCCUCCCCAUAUCCUACGAACCACUUGCAACGCACAUCGACCAAAUGGAUACUCUGGUAGACACGUGACCCGGACACCCCCCCCCCAUCUCCGCACCUCCACUCCGUCAUAAGAAUCUGGCGCUAAACAUUCACACCACCCCAUCCAUCCACCAUGCCAGACAACUUUGAGGCCGAACUGCCGGACGAGGUCCACGCGCUGCUUGCGACUGCCGACAAGGACCGCGAGAUCCGUCUCAACCGCGUCGCGGCCGCCGAGAACCAGAAGUUCCUCGAGCUCGUCCGGUCCAAGGUCAAGGACGUGCCCCUCUUCUGGGCUGUCACCCUUCUCUCACACCCCGAGAUCGGACACGCGGCAUCGACCACCAGCGACAAGGAUGCUCUCAAGUACCUCACGGACGUGGAGCACAUCCAGGACGUGAACGACCCGCGCGAGUUUGAGAUUGUUUUCCACUUCAAGGAGAACCCGUUCUUCACCAACACCGAGCUCCGCAAGAAGUACUCGCUUCCGGCAGGUACCAAGCCCGCGCCCGCCGACGGCAGCAUCACGGACGAGAUGCGCGCCUUUGAGGCCGGGGACCUCGAGCCAAGCUCCAUGACCAUCGACUGGAAGGAGGGCAACAACCUCGUGGCCAAGCACCCCCGCAAGCUCGGCGAGGACGAGGACGAGAUCAACGGCGACAUCGGCUCGUUCUUCCACUUCUUCACUGAGAAGGCCGACAUCCUGAGCCUCGGCACCACGAUCGCCGACGUGCUCGCCGAGCCGCUCGAGUUCUUCUCGAGCGACCCUGCGGGCUUUGACUCGGACUUUGACGAGGAGGACGACGAGGAGGAGGGCUCGAUCGACCUCGGCGACGACGACGAGGAGGACCAGCCGCAGCGCAAGAAGCAGAAGAACGAGUAGGCGGCGGGAGAAAGGGCGGCAGCUUGAGCCUGCUGCCUGCGAUUCGAUGGGCGCUGUGCACAAGUGUCAGCCGUUGAGCUGUUCGUUCAGUGUCCCUAUUUGUCUAGUUUACUUUCAUAUCUUUAGAAGAUGAAUGCUUCUGCUUGUUUUA